UUUAAUUGCUGAGAUUCUUUGUUUCAACGACUUCGUUCAUCCUUCCUAUUAACAAAGGAAGUGGCGCAGCCUUCCUUUGAAACUUUUACACAGAUUUCCAUUUCCAUUCCUUACUUUGACUUUCUCUCCCCUUCUAUCUUCUUCAAUAUUUAUUCAGUCCAUCUCUUUGUAUUGCAUUUUUUUCCUUUAAACCUGUUGCUUUUCUCUGUAAUUCUUUUUCCGAAAGGGUUUUGUUCUUCGUUUCUGCAACUCAAAUCGGUCGUCUUCUGAUUCCAUGGCAGAUAAACUAAGGUUUAAUGUAACUUGAACCAAUUUCUUGCAACAGAAGUUGGAAAUAGUUUAGCCACUCCAGAAUCGGCGUUCUGGUCCAAAAGAAAAUGAAUAGAAGGGCGCAAUAUGCUUUCAUGGUUCUUAUGAUCGGAUCUAUAGCAUCAUUCCAAGGAGUUGUAGGCGAUGCAAGAGCUCAAGUACUGAACAUGACAUGUAGCUCUCAAAACGAGAACAAUAGAACCCUUUUUGUUCCCAAUUUCAUUUCUUUAAUGGAAACCAUCAGUGACCUUAUGCGUCAAUUUGGUUUCGGAACCGCGGUUUCUGGUUCAGGGCCUGAUGCUAACUAUGGUCUAGCUCAGUGCUAUGGUGAUCUAUCUUUGCUUGACUGUCCAUUGUGCUACGCCGAGGCACGUACGGUUCUUCCUCAAUGCUAUCCGUAUAAUGGUGGUCGAGUUUUCCUUGACGGCUGCUUCAUGAGAUCUGCGAAUUAUAGCUUCUAUGACGAGUACUUGGGACCUACUGACAUGGUUUUGUGCGGGAAUGCAAGCCACAAGGGAUCGAACUUUCAAGCAUCAGCAAGACAAGCUGUGUCGCACGCGGUGGCUUCUGCAUUGGGAAACAGAGGCUAUGGUAAGGCUUCGGUGGCGGUUUCGGGAACAAAUGAGACGGCUCAUGUUCUGGUCGAUUGCUGGAGGUCAUUGAACCAGAGUUCUUGCCAAGCAUGUUUCGAUAAUGCAUCGGCAGCGAUGUUAAGGUGCUUGCCAUGGUCAGAGGGACGGGCACUCUACACUGGCUGCUUCAUGAGAUACUCCAACAUAGAUUUCAUCAAUAAAGAACCUUCAAAUGGAAUUUCAAGAGGAACCAUUAUUAUUAUAGUAAUUUCUGCUGUCAGUUCCCUGGUUGUUUUAGCUGUUAUUGUAGCUAUUGGAGUUUAUAUCAGGAAGCGCAGAUACAUACAAAAGAAAAGAGGUUCAAAUGAUGCAGAAAAGUGGGUGAAAGUACUUCGUGAUAGUAACUUAAAUUUCAAGUACUCUACAGUAGAGAAGGCUACAGGAUCGUUCAAUGAGGCGAACAAGCUUGGACAAGGAGGAUUCGGGACAGUUUAUAAGGGUGCUCUACCUGAUGGAAGAGAGAUAGCUGUCAAGAGACUUUUCUAUAACAAUCGACACCGAGCUGCAGAUUUCUACAAUGAAGUCAACAUAAUAAGCAGUGUGGAGCAUAAAAACCUGGUGAGAUUGUUGGGAUGUAGUUGUUCCGGACCCGAAAGUCUUCUCAUCUACGAAUUCCUCCCUAACAAGAGCCUUGAUCAUUUCAUCUUUGAUCCAAGCAGAGGUAAAGAACUUACCUGGGAAAAGAGAUACCAAAUUAUCAUCGGGACCGUAGAAGGUUUAGUCUAUCUUCAUGAAAACCCCACGAACAAAAUCAUUCAUAGGGAUAUAAAAGCUAGCAAUAUCUUGUUGGAUUUAAAGUUCCGCGCCAAAAUCGCUGAUUUCGGGUUGGCAAGAUCUUUCGAGGAAGAUAAGAGCCAUAUCAGCACUGCCAUUGCCGGAACACUAGGAUACAUGGCACCAGAAUACCUAGCCAAUGGCCAGUUAACGGACAAGGCCGAUGUCUAUAGUUUCGGAGUGCUGUUACUAGAGAUCAUAACCGGAAAGCAAAACAACAGAAGCAAAGACACGGAUUACUCAGACAGUAUAAUUGCAGUUGCAUGGAAUCACUUUCAAUCAGGGACUGCGGAGGAGAUUUAUGAUCCAAAUAUAAUGUUAAAUGAAAACAGCCAAAGUAGCAAUACGAAGAAUCAGGUUUACAGAGUAUUGCAUAUCGCACUUCUUUGCACCCAAGAGGUUCGAUCACUAAGACCAUCAAUGUCGAAGGUACUACAGAUGCUAACAAAGAAAGAGGAAGACCUCCCUGCACCAACGCCUCCUCCUUUCAUGGAUGAAAAGACAAUGGAAUUCAACGAUAUGAGCGAGAAUGAGUUUUAUCCGCUGAAUGCAGGUGGGACUGAUUCAAUCGCCACCGUGGCUCACAGUUCCUUUUACGCAAGAUGAAGGUGGAUUGGAUUAUACGGUAAUAUUGGUGAGGGAAAAGCUUUGAAAGAAUUCCAUGUAGUUAGGUGGAAUGAUAGAGUUAUGGUCGAAAUGCAGAAUGACAUCAAAUUGUUGUAUAAUGUGUAAAAUAUAUAUAGACUUAAGUUUGAAAAUUUUUUGUUGAUCUUA